AUGGCGGCGCCCGGUCCGGGGAUGGAGGGAGAGGCCGCCGCGGCUGGGCCGGAGGAGCUGGUGUGCGCGCGGGGCCGGAACCGCAAGGCGGUGCUGUGCCAGCGAUGCGGCUCCCGCGUCCUCCUGCCCGGGACAGCCCUCUUCGCCCGCAGAGAGCUUUUUCUUCCCUCCAUGAAGAAGAAAACCGCGCUGGUGGCAAGCAGUGACCCAGAUGGAGACGUUCUGCAAAACCACUGGCUGGUCGAUGACAUGUUCUCUUUCGAAAACGUUGGCUUCACCAAGGAUGUUGGAAACAUAAAGUUUCUAAUCUGUGCAGACUGUGAAAUCGGUCCUAUUGGCUGGCACUGCUUGGAUGACAAGAAGAGUUUUUAUGUGGCCUUGGAUCGGGUGUCCCAUGAAUGACA